UUAUGAGAUCUAACGUUAGCAAUCGCAGACCCGGUGAUUUCAUCUUUAACUACGUUGUUGUAUGUAUUAAAAUACUGAAAUCUAGACGUACAGAACACCUAAUGUGAAUAUACAAUAUUGAUCGAAUGUUCUUGUUUUUAUGUAUAUGUGAACCGAUGGGUGGAUUUCCUGCUCCUCCGGCAAGAUAGCCCAGUCGAUCUUUUUAAAUAAUAUUUUUUAUUUUACUCUGAAGAGCUUAUGCCUCUGUGCGUUGCACUUUAUUUAAUAAUUCAUUUUUGACGAGGAGGUGACGGUCAUUGCUAAGCGAGGGAGAAAGGGGAGAGGGAGGAGGAAGAGAUCCGCGAACUAGCAAGGGAGGAAGGAAGCGAGGAUCACGAAAACCACAAUCAAGAGAAAGACGGAGGCAUAAAGAAAAACAUUUAUUAAUUUCACAAGGUUCAAUGCAUUUUCUUUGAUGCGUGGAAAGACUGCAAUUGUGUUCCAUCCGCUCCAACAAAGAUGUUUUCGAGUUUAUGAAGGUCUCGGGCGUAGAAAGGCAAACCAUUCUGAAGAGGAAACGGGAACACAACAGCAGAUCUCAUCUUUUCAAGAGGUCCAGUCAAACGGAGAUAUGUUGUCUCUGUACUUCGAUCUAAUAUUUAUUUGACGCCUAACUUACAUUGGAGAGUCACAGAGUAAAAAUCCAGAAGACAAGGAGCGGAGAGGAUAUUGAAAAUAUCUCAUAUCUUUGUCCCUUAUAUUGUUUUUUUCUAAGGGAAAAAGGGGUCAAUAAACAUCCCCGGCCUUUUUUGAAACAUUGCAUCCAGAUUAUUUUCGAGAAAGAUCUGCAAAAUCAUCGGAAACGUUAACAAACAGGUGCCUAAUUGAUUGACAAGACCUGGGACCAAUCCAAAAUGAGUGAGCUGGAGCAGCUACGUCAGGAGGCGGAGCAACUUAGGAACCAGAUAAGAGAUGCCAGGAAAGCAUGUGGGGACUCAACACUGACACAGAUAACGGCAGGUCUCGAUCCUGUGGGGAGGAUUCAGAUGCGGACGAGGCGCACUCUCCGUGGCCACUUGGCUAAGAUCUAUGCCAUGCACUGGGGCACAGAUUCUAGGCUCCUGGUUAGUGCCUCUCAAGAUGGAAAACUAAUCAUCUGGGACAGCUACACCACUAACAAGAUGCACGCUAUCCCCCUGCGCUCCUCCUGGGUGAUGACCUGUGCAUAUGCUCCUUCUGGUAACUAUGUGGCCUGUGGAGGUUUAGACAACAUCUGCUCCAUCUACUGCUUGAAGACCCGUGAGGGCAACGUGAGGGUCAGCAGAGAACUACCUGGACACACAGGCUACCUGUCCUGUUGCCGCUUCAUCGAUGACAAUCAAAUCAUCACCAGUUCAGGAGACACCACCUGUGCACUGUGGGACAUUGAGACCAGCCAGCAGACCACUGUGUUUUCGGGCCACAGCGGUGACGUCAUGAGCCUGUCCCUGUCCCCAGACUUCCGCACGUUUGUGUCCGGAGCCUGUGACGCCUCCAUCAAGCUGUGGGACAUCAGGGACAGCAUGUGCCGGCAGACGUUCACGGGCCACGAGUCUGACAUCAACGCAGUCUGUUUCUUUCCCAACGGAAGCGCCUUUGCCACCGGCUCCGACGAUGCCACCUGCCGGCUGUUUGACCUGCGUGCCGACCAGGAGCUCAGCCUGUACUCUCACGACAACAUCAUCUGUGGCAUCACCUCUGUGGCCUUCUCCCGCUCCGGACGGCUGCUGCUGGCCGGCUACGACGACUUCAACUGCAACAUCUGGGACGCUAUGAAGGGAGAUCGAGCAGGAGUGUUAGCUGGUCAUGACAAUCGUGUGAGCUGUCUAGGCGUAACUGAUGAUGGCAUGGCGGUGGCAACUGGGUCCUGGGACAGCUUCCUCAAGAUCUGGAACUGACAAGUCACCUGAGCCAUGCACACACACGCAUUACACAUACACACAUUAUUGAUCAUACAAAGUAAUCACCUCACAUUUUGGUACACAUAGUUUGCACACUGUAUUUACACUGUACGUAAAGAUGUACACACAUACACAUUGUACAUAAUAUAUAUAUAACGCCAAUUAGGUAUGAGUUUACACAGACACACACACAAAAGCCACUAGCAAUUUUACAUGUUACCAAUCACAAUGUAUGCAGGACGAGUCGACCAGAAUUACAAACAAAUGCCUGCACCAUCUAGAGCAGAUAUGAACACAGCACACAACAGUACCCCAAAUAUGGAAUUGGAACAACCUUAAAAGACGUGACCAAAAUCUAUAAAAUAGAUCUGCUAAACUAAAACAUGCAUUUCUAAUGUCAGACAUUGCUUAAUUUGCUGACCCAAACGUGUAUACACCCCCCCACACACACACACCUGCAUACAUACACGCACGCACAGUAUCCAGUACAAUUAUUUCUGAAAUGCCAUCCCUUGUGCUAAAUGGGGGGGAGGUAGUUAUUGGACCAUUCUGUUUUGUUUAUUCUGAAGUCCCAAAUGUUCUUCAAAUUGAUUUUCUGUGCUACAGUAGGUUAGUGCCUCUCUGUGACAGGGUGAAAAGUGACAGUUGGGUGAAUAGUGAGUGAUAGGCUGCAAAAGCAAAGAGUGAAUCCAAUAGCCCUCAAGAGACUACAGACAGGGAGAGACUACAGACAGGGAGAGACUACAGACAGGGAGACUACAGAUGGAGAGAUAGAGAGCUGGUAGAAUAGACCAGCUUUCUAUAGUGACACUGUUACAGGAAAAUCAAGAUAAACCAUGAAUUCUAAAAGUUUCUUCUGGCUCAAACAAAAUGCUAUCAUGUAGUUCCUGUUUUUAUAGAUCUGUACACCCACAUAUAGAAGUAAAUAUAUGAUAGUUUUGGUUUUGAUGUUUUUGUUGUAUUACUUUUUUUACGCUUAUUUUAUUCAUGUUUUCCCUGUGUGCCUCAGAUACACUUUAAGGAUAAUUAAUAGAAAAUAAAGAGGAAAUUAAACUAAUUGAAAUCAAUGAGAUUCAUAAUGUGAGUGAGAAGAAAAAUGGAUUAUCAAGAGACAAUUCUCAAAUAAGCAGGGGGCAAUAUUCAUACUUUUGACCUUGUCAAUAUAUUAUGUCAACUUUAGGAUGGUAUACAUUGUACAUACUACUAUUAAUAAAUACACGUAGCCUCUCUUGCCA